AUGGCAUUACUUCUUGACUCUGAAUAUAAUAGCAAGCCCAUACUUGGAACAGUUCCAUCUAAAAACAUAGCCAAUGAUUAUGAAAUUGAAAGACGAUCAGGAAAAGUGCCAGCUCGACGAAGAGUGAUUCCUUUUAAAUUCAGAGAUUACCGAAAUCCUGAUCUUGUUGAACAAGGCAAUGAUAGUGAUUCAGAUUAUUGUCCAUCUGACAAUGAAGUUCAACCUCCAAAAAGACGUCGAGUAGUUUCUGCAGUUGGGCCCACAGGGCGCAGACCAGGGAGACCCCGAAAGGUACGUCCUGAAGUUAUACAGAAGCAAACUGAAUCUACAGAUAACACAGCUUCAACAAACACACAACCUGAGAAAAGUGUUGAGGAACUGCCACAGAAUGGCUCUAUUGCUCAAGUAAUGACUUCAACAGAAUCAACUCCUACCUCAGAAAAAAGAACCAAAAAAUCUUCCCCUUCAAACUCUUCUGGCAAAAAUAGUUAUACUUGUAAAAUUUGCCAACACACUUUCACACAAAAGGGUAAUCUGAAAGUCCACAUGAGAGUUCACACUGGUGAAAAACCAUUCCUUUGUUCAGUCAAAGGCUGUUCCAAACGAUUUUGCAAUAAUGAAAGUUUAAGGCAGCAUAAUCUCACACAUCUUGGAAUCAAGCCUUUUGCCUGUGAAGUGUGUGAAAAUAAAUUUUCAAGCAAAGUAAGUCUGCAAGAACAUAUGGCAAUUCACACUAAUACCAAACCCCAUGUUUGCCACAUAUGCUAUGUGCCAUUCCGGCAGAUUAGUUGUUUGCGGAGACAUCUUAUCACACAUUCCACAGAAAAACCCUUUGAAUGCAUCAGCUGUGGGCAGAGGUUUUCCCAGAUGGUCUACCUGAAAUCUCAUUCCAAAGUUCAUACAGGAGAGAAACCUUUUGUGUGUGAUCAUUGCAAGCGAGGAUUUGCUCAUCAAUCAGAUUUGAUCAGACACAAAAUUAUCCACACAGGAAAGAAGCCAUUUGCAUGCCAUAUUUGCCAUGCAAAAUUCAGUGACCCUUCAAGCAAACGUAGACAUGUGAAAGAGCACAUGGGAGCGAAGCCUUAUUCUUGUCACUUGUGUAAAGAUUCUUUCAAGAGGGCUGGCCAAUUAAAGGUCCACCUGAGCAGCAAACACUCUAAUCAUAUUGAUAAUAUCCAAACGGGAAAGCAAACACAACCAGGGCAAACACUUCAGUUUGCAUUCAAAGAUGCAGAUAAAUUAUCCUCAAUAGCAAUUGAUGACAAAUCCUCAGCUUAUCAUAAAAAAAUUGCACAAAUUGUUGAAGGGCUGACCGGCAGUGAAGUGACCCACAUUGCAACACCAGUUACUGUAGAAGAUGUAAUUCUCCAGGAAGCUGACUCUGUGACUAUAGAAGAGCAUGGUAGUGAAUCUCAGACUGUGGCUCAAGUAGUUGCCAGUGCUAUGCAAUCAGCCAGAAUGGCCUCAAUCACUACUUGCAAUGAAGGUCAGCUGUCAGCCAUCUGCCAAGCUACAGACAGUCAAGAAGGGGAAAGUGGUUAUCCUAACCAAAUCACAACUAUCAUGGAAGAGGAUAUUCCUUCGCUUAUUGAAAGCACAUCUGAUGGUGCCACUGUGAUAACAAUUGUCAGUCUGGAAGAUAUGGAACAGGGGCAAGAACAAGCAACUACAGAACACAGCGAGUACACUCAACAAUUGAUAGAGAAUGCCAAGGGAGACAAUGAACAACAACAAUUUUUAGAGGUUCAUUAUGAACAGAAUGAGGAGACUGUCAAAGAGGAACUUGCAACUGAAUCACAGACAUUGGUGGAAAGUCUAUACUACAAUUUCUUUUUUUGUUAG